GGGCCUAGGGGCGAAGUAUAUAAGGCCAGGAGCACAGCGCCCCCCUCCUCACUCGCGCGUUAGGAGGCUCGGGUCGUUUUGCUGUUCUGUCUUCCCGCCUGCGCCAGGGACCUGCCCAACUCAGUGGCCACCAUGGCAUCAGAUGAGGGCAAGCUUUUCGUCGGAGGGCUGAGUUUUGACACCAAUGAGCAGUCACUGGAGCAGGUCUUCUCAAAGUAUGGACAGAUAUCUGAAGUGGUGGUCGUGAAAGACAGGGAGACCCAGCGAUCCAGGGGCUUUGGGUUUGUCACCUUUGAAAACAUCGACGAUGCCAAGGACGCCAUGAUGGCUAUGAAUGGGAAGUCUGUGGAUGGGCGGCAGAUCCGGGUGGACCAGGCAGGCAAGUCAUCUGAUAACCGAUCCCGUGGAUACCGAGGUGGUUCUGCUGGAGGCCGGGGCUUCUUCCGUGGGGGCCGGGGCCGGGGCCGUGGUUUCUCCAGAGGAGGUGGGGACCGCGGCUAUGGGGGGAGCAGGUUCGAGUCCAGGAGUGGGGGCUAUGGAGGCUCCAGAGACUACUACAGCAGCCGGAGUCAGGGUGGCGGGUACGACCGGAGCUCUGGCGGGUCCUACAGAGACAGCUACGACAGUUAUGCUACACACAACGAGUAAAAAUCCUUCCUGCUCGAGAUCGUCCUUCCAAUGGCUGUGUGUUUAAGGAUUUGGGGAGCGCCGCUGCAUCGUUAGUGUGUAGUGACCACGCCUCCUUGUGCCCACUUCUGUAGUCUUGUUGGUUCUGAUCUUGUCAAACACAGCCUGACUGCUUCUGACCCCCAGAUGGCCUCACUGCUGCCCUUUGCUUUUUAAGGAAGUGCAUUCUGUUAAGGGUUUUUAAAUCAUUUUGAAACGUACUUCCGGUUUUACUUUUAACCUUUUUACCACUAGCCAAGAGAUUUUUUAGAAAAUAACUGGGGGUUGUGAGGGUUUUGUUUUUGUUUUUGGUUGUGUUGCUAUUUUCGUUUCUUUUCAGCGGGGUCAACCCCGUGAGGUUGCUCUUUUUUUGAGGUUGAACGAUCGAACUCUGGAUCGCUCUCUUUGUCGGAAGCCGAGCAAGCUGUGGCUUUUUUCCAACUUGGUGUAACAUUUCUGAGUGUAGCGUGGUCAGACUGUGCAGGAGGCAGUGGAGGUGCCCGGGCUGCCUGCCUGUCCUGGGCGACCCACAGUCCCCAAGAGGUUCUUGACAAUGUGUGUUUAUAUUCUUUUUUUUACCGGAAGUCAUACACAUAUGCCAUCACUGUUGUAUUUGAAGUGGUUGAGGAAUCCUUGUAUGCCGUUUUCUUUGGCUUCACGAAGCUGAUUAAAAGACUGUCUGAAUGAACCUCGCUUUGAGCAUCUCCCUUUGAUCGCACCACACGCGUCCUGCUGCCAGCUUGAGGCAGGCAGAGUAGAGCAGAGCUGGCAGCUAGAGUACUAGGGCUGCCAUCCUGCCUGCAGCUCCUAGAGGAGGAAGGUAGAGCCAAUGAUGCUGGCUGGGCCCCUGUGACCACUGACUGCCCCCACUCAGUUAGGCAAGCAGGUGGGUGAUGGGAGUGGGCUCUUGGACUGCAGGGCAGCCCCGGGAUUCUUCUGGCCAUGGCAGCUGGAGGGCUCGAUGGGCGGGCAGCCUAGCAGGGACAGUGGACAUGGGAGCGCCCAACGCUGACCCUGAGCCCCUUAAUCUAGAAUCAGGCCAGAGAGCAAGCGGAUGCAGACAGUGUCCCUGGGUGACCACAGACUGACUGGCUCAUUAGCUAGCUCUCCUGUUGCUUUACAAGUUCUGAGCAUUCUCUGCUAGCCUAUGGAAGCUGCAGCCCCUCGGAGGACAGAAGUGUUGUGCGCCCAACAGAACCCUCUGAGACGCAAGCCGCUCCCUGGGCUAGCUCAUAUGUGGAGAUAGUCCUGUCACCGAGGUAACUCCUUUUGCUCGUCCGCAUUCCUCUUCUCUCGGGCGCUCAUAUGAAAGUAAAGCCAUAUUACUCGGGGAAUGUUCUUUGACUUUUUUGCUUUUCUAUUUUUUUUUCUUUUUUUUUUUUUUUUAAUAAAAACAAGGUGGAACCAAAGGUAGGCCCCUGCCUUUGCCCUUCCCCACCUGCAGCCAGGUGAGCAGCCUGGGCAGUUGAGCUUAACCAGUAGGUUCCACUGGCUAGUAGGAUUGGAGACCACCAAACGCCCUGCCUUUUGGAAUCUUGUUCAUCAAUUGACUGUCUUUUCUAGACCUCUUUAAGUCGCAUUCCUAACUAGUUCUCUAUGGUGUCUGCUGCUGCCAUGACAUUUUUCCGAGAGCUUGUGCUGUUUUCUAAGCAGCUCCGUCCCAAGUGGGUGGCUGGCUCUGCUUAAGAGUGGAAGGUAGCCUGGCCCAUCUGAAAGGCUCAGGCCUGCCCAUGGCGGGGCCUCAGGUUGGCCCCGAUGACUAGCUUGAGACCCUCCCAGGAGCUGUGGAUUGUUCUGGGGGAGGCAGGGAGGGGAGCUCAGCUCUGCCAGGGGGUAAGGGCUAACACUCAUUUGCUUUGGCAGGUUGAAUGGAAGUCAGUGUGACCCGGAGGAAGUGUGGCCUGAGAACAGUGUUGACCUGGGGUCCCUGUCCCAGGAGGGACUCUACCCAGGAUCGAGCCAGAGGCACGGAUGCCUGCCUUCGCAGCCCGUCGCCUGUAAGUGCUUCCUGGGGCGGGAGGCAUGUGGCCCUUUGGCCCAGGCCCUUGCAGUGGGUUCUCCCCUCCUGGCAGUGUGAUCCAUUGGGGACAGCAUCUUCGCCUCCUGCCGGAGUAGCCCUUGUGCUCCCCCCAAUCCCUUCCUGUUUUUCCAGCAGAUGUUUUACUGGCAAGGUUGGGGCACAGGGUUCAAGGUGUUCCAGGAGGACAGGCCUGUGGUGCUGGCACGGCGGUGUGUCCUCACCGGCGAUGUGACAAGAAAGCGUGGAAGUCACAUUUGAAUAAAGGGAUGGUGUGUCCACCCACAAA